AAUGGACGAUACAAAAGGAGGUGCGAAUAGUCCCGACGUGCCGGUCAAAGAUCAUGGUUCAUUUAGUCAUGCACCCAUAGAAGAUCAGGACAUUGCUGCUCAUCAUACGGACAGAUGGCAGCACCAAGCUAUGUACACCAGUCUUCACUUCCCAAGGAAUCGUGAUAAAAGAAGACAUAAGCAUCAUCGUCACAAAGGACCAUCAUCAAGCAAGAAACGGGAAGAGACUGAUAAAAACCAAAGCAAUGCAAACAAACCCCCAACACCACCAGCUCAAAAAGUCCAAUUUAUAAUUGGUGAAAACUACGAGGAUGAAGAUCACAGACCUCAUGAUAUUUUUUGUGAGAUGGAUGAACUUAGAGGAGUUGAGGGGGAAAGAGAAUGGAAAGAAACAGCCAGAUGGAUUAAAUUUGAGGAAGAUGUAGAGGAAGGCGCUGAGAAAUGGUCUAAACCCCAUGUAGCCACUCUAUCUUUGCACUCCUUGUUCGAGUUAAGAAAACAAAUAACCUCUGGAACAAUUUUAUUAGACAUUUCGGGAGAGAAUCUAAAAGAUGUUAUACAACUAGUAUUGGAGUCCAUGGUAAAUAAUGACUUGGAUCCUAGCCAGAAACAGGCGGUUUUUGAUGUAUUAAUGAGCCGACAUAAGCAUCAACACGAAACUAAUUCCGGAAUUCCUAUAAUACGUUCACUUGCUGAUAUAGGAAAGAAGCAUUCCGAAAAGAAAUUAGAUGAUAAAGACGGGGAAAAACAUCUUGGAGAUGAACCGCAAAAUGGUGGUCACACAGAUUCAUCGUGUCAUUUGGCUACCGGAAGAGAGGGUGAUCUUCCUCACGCAACAUCGACAUCUAGCCACAAGGCCAAUGCCCAUUUUAUGAAGAAAAUACCUCCAGGAUCUGAGGCUUCUAACAUUCUUGUUGGAGAAGUUGAAUUUCUAAAGAGCACAAUUAUCGCCUUCGUUCGAUUGUCAAAAGCUGUCUUGCUAGGAGACCUGACGGAGGUUCCCUUACCGACUCGAUUCUUAUUUAUCUUGCUUGGUCCUGAAGGAAACCAGUCAGACUAUCAUGAAAUUGGUCGUUCUAUAGCUACACUUAUGUCUGAUGAAAUCUUUCAUGACGUAGCGUACAAAGCAAGAUGUCGGGAGGAUCUGUUAGCUGGAAUUGAUGAAUUUUUAGAUCAAGUAACAGUUUUACCUCCUGGCGAAUGGGAUCCCAAAAUACGCAUUGAACCACCAAAAAGUAUACCUUCUCAACAAGGUCGAAAAGGUCAAUUACCUAAUGGAGCAACAAGCCAAGGAGAUGAUGAAGACGAAAGCCAUACCGAUCCCAGCUUAAUGAGAACGGGGAGAUUGUUUGGAGGAUUGAUAGCGGAUGUGAGACGUAAAACCCCGUUGUUCGUGAGCGAUUUCAAAGAUUGCCUGCAUAUACAAUGUAUAGCUUCAUUUUUGUUUAUGUAUUUCGCUUGUUUGGCACCAAUUAUUACUUUUGGAGGGCUACUAGGCCAAGCAACGCAUAGUAAUAUUGCAGUAAUGGAGAGUAUUUUGGCAGCUGCAGUAUGUGGAAUAACUUAUCACCUGUGCUCUGGUCAGCCCUUAACAGUAAUAGGAUCUACAGGACCUGUUCUGAUAUUUGAAACAGUGGCGUUUACGCUUUGCCAGCAAUGGGGUCUACACUAUCUAAGCUUUAGAUUUUGGAUUGGUUUGUGGUCCUGUCUUUUCCUGUUGAUAAUCGUGAUGUUUGAUCUAUCUGCUCUCGUUCGAUAUAUUACUAGAUUUACUGAAGAAUCUUUUGCUGCUCUUAUUGCUGCAAUUUUCGUCUAUGAAGCAUUUCAUAAAGCCAUAAACAUCCAUUCGGAGUAUCCCGUAAAUUAUGACUCUAUUAAUCGGUUAUGCGAAUGCAAUUUGGCGGAAAAUAUAAGUAGGAAAAACAACAGCCAAAAGUUGAUAUCGAAUUUUGAAUCUGGUUAUCUGAAGAACAACUCGCUGGCAACCUAUGACGAGCUAUGUAAAACACUAAACGGAACUCUAGUUGGGCCUGGAUGUAAAUCCACAGAUAAUAUAUUCUUUUUUUCAAUUAUAUUGUUUGUUGGAACAUUCGUAAUAGCGAUUACUUUGAAGAACGUGAGAAAUACAAGAUUUUUCCCAACGAAAAUUCGCUCGAUUUUAAGUGACUUUAGUGUCAUGAUUGCUAUUGUAUCCUUCUGUUGUCUUGAUAUAUAUAUGUCAUUGGACACGCCAAAGUUAGUGGUACCACCUACUUUUAAACCAACGCGAAAUGACAGAAAUUGGUUUAUUCAUCCUUUCUCUGGAAAUCCAUGGUGGACGUCCCUGGCAGCAAUUGGCCCGGCUUUACUAGCUACAAUUUUAAUAUUUAUGGAUCAACAAAUUACAGGCGUUAUUGUAAAUCGAAAAGAAAAUAAAUUGGUUAAAGGUGGUGGAUAUCACUUAGAUUUAUUCGUUAUUGCUAUUCAAAUUGGCUUAUGUUCGAUUAUGGGUUUGCCAUGGUUUGUCGCAGCUACAGUCUUGUCAAUAAAUCAUGUACGUAGCUUAAGUAAAGAAUCGAAAUGUUCAGCUCCAGGAGAGAGACCAAAAUAUAUAGGGGUAAGAGAGCAGAGGGUAACUGGUAUUAUAGUAUUUUUGUUAAUUGGAUUGUCAGUACUUAUGACACCUAUUUUAUUAUAUGUUCCCAUGCCUGUACUCUAUGGAGUUUUUCUUUAUAUGGGUGUAUCAUCUCUUAAAGGAGUACAAUUGGUUCAAAGAAUAAUGAUAAUUUUUAUGCCUCCUAAGUACCAGCCAGAUUAUAUGUUUUUGCGAAAGGUUCCUCUAUGGAGAGUUCAUUUUUUCACUCUCAUCCAAAUCAUUUGCUUUGUUUUGCUCUGGGUUAUAAAGAAAACACGUUUUUUGGCAAUUACUUUUCCCCUUAUGGUCAUGGCGAUGUGCUUCAUUAGAAAGUUGCUGGAUUAUGUCUUCACAAGACAUGAGCUAAUUUGGCUCGAUGACAUAAUGCCAGAAAGUCACAAACGUGAGAAAGAAGACCAGAAAAGAGAACAGAUUGAAAUGAGCUGCGCUCCAGAAGCAUCAUCUUACGCAGAAAAAGCUACUUUUGAUACCAAUCCGAUCGAAGAAAACACGGAAUCAUGGAAGCCAGUAUCUGAGGAUCCGGCUGAUAGGGCUACUGUUGUGGGAACGUUUCGCAAACGAGUUUCUUUGAAAGAAAAGAGACCUCAAACGAAACCAUCAGGAGACGACCCGGAAGCCCAAAAAUUAAUCGACACCCCCUCAAUUAUCGUCAAUGCACCAGAUUCUGGAAAUGAUCCUGUUCCCGUUUGAAAACGCAAAUAUUAGUACAUUUAUAUUAAAAAUUUUGAAAGUCUUCUCUCGUUAAUAUUAUGAGAUAUAUAUUUUUACCCAUUUUUGUCUCUUGGCUUUGUGGAUCUGUUUUCCAAUCUCACUUUCUUCUUUCUAUAAUUAUUUUUGGUGGAGUAUUUUAUUUUGCUGUAAUUCGAGUCUCAUAAUAUGGUAUUCUUUAAAAAGCAAUUUGUCUCAAAAUUUCUAUGUCAUUACUAUGUCUCUAUUGUUACAAAGUUAUUUUAUUGCUAUUUUCUAUCCUCUUUUAACGGAUUAUGUCUAAGAAUAUGGUCCCUAAUUCAAAACCUUUAGUUGCUUUUGCUGUCUCAAAAAGUUUUAUCUGAUAUUCUGUUAGUUAUUGAUUGCGUUUUCGCUUUAUUUUUAAAUUUAGUGUUAUUUUGUUCAAGUAGGUAAUGACUGUACAUAAAAACUAUUAAGUAUACACAUAUAUAUAUAUAAAUAUAUAUGUUUGCUUAUCACUAUCACAAGUAGUCUACAAGAUACCUUUAAGAGAAUCUCCGUCAGCAAGCAAAGAUAUUUAGCUAAAGAAAAGAUGCACUUUUGUGUGACAGUUAAUCCUGUAUUUUAUUGUACUUAUACAAAAGAAAGUUUAAGUGUUUUUAUAUUGAAUGGAAAUUAUUUAGGCGAUAUCGCGCUCUGGUGUAAAAGGUAUGUUGAUAAAUAUUGUGAAUGAUUUAUUUGUUGAUUAUAGAUCAUGCGUUAUACACCAUAAACUUUAUUUUUCAUGGCAUUAGGCACUGUCUAAUAUGUCAUUGAGGUCUGUCUGUUGACCUGAUAUCGUGCAGUGUUUGUUCGCGUUAUUAUGCUACGUUACUUGUUUUUGCUCUUUGCUCUACUUGUUGCCAUUUUGAGUUAGGAUGGUGAAUGUUGAUUGUGUAUUCAAAAAUAUAUAAUGAAAUCGGGGAUGCGCCUGCAUAUAUUAAACGUAUAUAAAUGUAUACAUUAGACAUUGUUUGCUGAAAAGAAUUUCAAAAAUACAAUUUUGCCCUAGUGGUUGGACACAAGAAAUUUCUAUUUUAUUGUAAUUAAUUAGCUAGUUAUAUACAGUAUACUUUAAGUUCAUCUUUAUGAAUUAAGUCAAUUAAAUAAUUUAUUCAAUAGUCCAAUAUGAAAGAAUCUUCGAAACUAUUUUCGUCUUUUAGCCAAUCGAGUUGUUUGGAGUAAAUUAUAUUUAAUGUAUUUUACUUUCUUGCUCGUUAAAAAUGGGACAUAAAGAGCCCGAAAAAGUGAUGAUGAUCCAGAAGAGAAGAGAAAAUCGCCUGAGUACAAUACUUUCCAUUGCUUCGUCUGUAAUGAGUAUCUUGGUUCUAAUUUGCUCUCGGUUGGUACAUCUAGAUCAACCAAGUAGUGGCAUUUUGAAACAUUGAUCUGAAAGAGUUGAAUAAACUCUCUAAUUUUUAAUACAUUAAGAAAAUUAUUAACG